ACAAUGACUCACGAUCCCUGGGUUGGGACAUGGAGACCCCAUCGACCCAGGAUGCCCAUCGCAGCCAUGUACAACAGCCCCGGCCCCAAGUACAUGCUGCAGGGGAACACAGGUUAUGAACGUCAUGACCUGACCAAGUACAGGGCUCCAGCCUAUUCCCUGGCCAAACGCCUGCCGGGGCUGAAGGACCCAGGGACACCGGGCCCCAAGAAGCUGCCCGAGAAGAUCACGCGGUUCGGGGUGGAGAAGGGCCCCCUGUGGUCCAUGGGCCAACGUCUGAAGGACUUUGACCCCGGAAAAAGCCCUGGUCCAGGAAAGUACAAACCGGAGAACGGGGACCGGCUGGCAUUCCCCAGCGUUCCCGCAUACUCACUGGCCAAACGCACACUCGGCUUGAAGCUUGGCGAAGGACCAGGUCCUGCCCGCUAUCAGGAGGUGAAGGUGUUUGGGCCGAAGAUCCCACACCUGCGAGCGGCCCCUGCCUACUCCAUGGGCAAGCGCCUCAAACUGGGCAGCGCCAUGGACUCCCUGGGCAAGUCACCGGGUCCGUGUGUGUAUGAUGCAGUUCAUACAGACCUGUUUAAGGUCCGGGCACCCAGGUACACCAUGCUGGAGAGAAACCAACUGCCUGGAGACAACACGCUCAAACCUGGGCCCAAUGUUAAUCUGCACAAACCCAUCCAACCCAAGUACACGUUUGGGGUUCACCAUUCCGACUACCUGGCCCCACUCAUCGUGACCCCCACAGAUUGAAGCAGCGGGCCCCUCUUCUUC